AUGGCGCUGAACACAGGUUUCGACAAUAUCAAGAAUCGUCCCUCGCACACUCAAAUUCAAAUGGCAAAUUUAAAGCUGUGGAAUUCUGCAGAGGCCCCUGGGCUGGCGCAUACCAGGUCUGAGAUCUCCCAGCACCCUGUGGCUGAACAACGGCCUCCUGUCCGGCAACGAAACAGCGGCGGGGGUGACUCGGACUCCCGGUCGAGGAUGAGCAACACCAGUGGUCCUGCCGAAGAGGCGGAAGCCUAUUCCAUACAGAGAAUGCUUCAAGACUCUACUGGUAGGUUAUUGUACGUGGGCGACUCGGCCACUCUGUCGUACUUGCAACUGAUCCGGAUGCUCGUGGAGAGUAUUGCUGGCAAAUCCCGAUUCACCAUGGAUCCGAAACGACAUAUGAUCAUGGAGGCCAGAAUUGAGCCUCCACCGAGCAAUAUGGCGAUUGGAGUAUUACCAGAGAGGCGAACGGCAGACGUCUUGAUCGAGGCAUAUUUCGUGAAUACAACAGGUCUCGUCGAGGUUUUUGACCGGAAAACAUUUCUCGACCAAGUAGACCAAUGCUACAACGAUCCACUCACUGUCGAUCCCUCCGUCCUGUGUCAACUCAACCUUGUCUUCGCGAUCGGCCUGGUUUUGUGUAGACCAGAUCCUCGUAGUGAGGAGGAGGCCAUCGUCAAGAAACUAUGUGCGAACAAGGACAUCAACCGCGCUGAGGUCUUCUUCCGAAAUGCCAAAAGUUUAGCCGAUCCGGUUUCGGGAUUCGAAGAUGCUGACUUCUGGUCGGUACAAGCACUGCUCCUGAUGGCGUUAUAUAUGUUGUCGGUGUCAAAAAGAAAUGCAGCGUAUGCAUAUUAUGGCAUGGCCGUGAGAUCGGCAUUUGCACUCGGCCUGCAUCGAGAGGAGGAUGCUCUUAUUUUCAGCAAGACAGAGAUCAAAGUGCGCAGAAACCUCUGGAGAGCUCUGUUCGUGCUCGAUCGAUUCCUGUCAGCUUCACUCGGGAGGCCUACAGCCAUCUCUGAGGAUGAUUGCUCCGAGCAUGCCUUGGAUGCGCCAGAGACUUCCUUUGACACAGAAGCAGACAAAAUUGCCUCUGCAGCUCUGGAUGCCGCAGUGAGAACGUGCCGCGUCAUUGGAGCCACUUUGAAACAGGUAUAUUCGAAGAGGAAGAUAUCGACCACGGUAGCGCAGCAAAUUGCGUCGCAGCUCGAAGGAUGGAAUCAGUCUCUUCACCAAUCUCUUCAUUGGAAGCGGGCGUUAGACUCGUCUAUUCCAGCAAGCCACGGCAUCGCCAUCUUGCAUAUCAACCUGUUGCAUUGCCAUUCUAUCAUACUCUUGACACGUCCCUUCUUCUUAUAUAUACUCAAAGCAGGUGUGACCCACAAGCCCUCUCGCCUAAGCCAGAGAAUGGAGAGCUUUGCCCAAACAUGUGUUGAGGCUGCUCAGCACACCCUAGCCGUCGCAAAAGCCGCGAUGGACGGAAAAUACCUACCCCAGUGUAAUCCAUUUGUCAUAUACUUCGUAUUUGCCGCCGGAUUGAUUGUUCUAAGUAACGAGUUCGCAUCACUGUACCACAACCCGGACGCAGAUCUGGCCAUCAGCAGUUGUAUUUCCAUUCUGACAUACUGCGCCGAACACGACCCCCAGGCAGAACGAGUCUCGUUCAUCGUGGAGGCUUUCCACGAGGCAAACCUGAGCAGGUCAGUAUCGGCCAGGAAAAUCUCCUUCCCCGGCCGCAAGGUCCCCAUCAUCACGCCGACCUCAAGCAACCCCCAGCACGACCCAAUGGCCCACUUCUUCGCUCGCAGCCACGACAGCCCAGUGCAGCAGCAACCCACGCUUGCGCCCAUUGUCAAGAAUGAGCGGCCGCUCCUGUCGACCGCUCAUACCAUCCCGGUACCCGCCUUGGUCUCCUCGGUCCUUCAGCAACCGAGCCCGGACGCCACGGGGUCUUCCCCGGUGAACACGGCGCUGCCCUCGGGCAUGCCGGGCAUGGACGCCUUGCACGCAGCGGAGGCCGAGUUCGACUUCGACAGCCUGUGGCCGACGUGGCAUGCGUCCAGCGGGCCCAUGGCAAUAUCGCAUCAUGUCGAGUCCACCAACUACGGCAACUACUCGCUAGGCCCUCAUCCCAUCGCCCUCGGUUCCGUCCUGGCUGCGAACGUCCCCGUGCCUAUAUACCCAGCUGGCGAUUUCCGAUAG